CCAAGCUGGACAUAACCUCUCCAUUCUGCGUACAAAUCUUGGUGCCGUGAUCAAGUGGUUACUGAACGGACGUCGUUUAGGCAUUGGUCUCCUGGAAAGUGGGAUGGAUACCUUCUUCGCCGAGGGGGCCCGUGUUUGGGCAAGAGAUAAGGAUCAGCUCCACCCCUCCACAGCCAGUACCUGUGCUGAUGGCUCCGUGCUUAUCACCACCGACUAUGGACAGGUGAUCUGCCUGCAGCCAGGAGAAGUGAGCAGAGAGAAGGUGUACCCCAUGCACCAGACCAGCAUCGAUGGGGUGGAGGACAUGUCGACGCUGGCUGAGCUCCACGAAGCUGCCAUCAUGCAUAACCUCUACCAGCGUUACCAGAAGGACAACAUCUAUACCAAUAUUGGCUCUAUCCUGGCGGCAGUGAACCCCUACAAGCCUAUCGCCGGUCUGUACGACCUGGCGGCUGUGGACCUCUACAGCCAACACCACCUGGGCGAGCUGCCGCCCCACAUCUUCGCCGUGGCCAACGAGUGCUACCGCUGCCUGUGGAAGAGGCACGACAGCCAGUGCGUCCUCAUCAGUGGAGAGAGUGGUGCAGGAAAGACGGAGAGCACCAAAUUGCUACUGCAGUUCCUGUCAGUCAUGAGCCAGAAUUCCGCUGGGACCCCGCCCUCUGAGAGGACCACGCAUGUAGAGGAGGCCAUUGUACAAAGCAGUCCCAUUAUGGAGGCGUUUGGAAAUGCCAAGACUGUGUACAACAACAACUCCAGUCGCUUUGGGAAAUUUAUCCUGCUGCACUUCUCCCAGAAUGGCAACAUCCACGGAGGCUGCAUAAUCGACUAUUUACUUGAAAAGAACCGAGUGGUGCGACAAAACCCAGAGGAGCGUAAUUUUCACAUCUUCUAUGCGCUACUGGCAGGAGCUGACAAGGACAAAAUAGAGCAAUACUUCCUGACAGAGCCAGAGUCAUACCACUACCUGAGCCAGGCUGGCUGUGUGAAGGACAGGAGCUUGGAUGACAAGCGGCUGUUUGACAGCGUGAUGGAAGCACUGAAGGUCAUGGAGUUCAAAGACGAGGAGAUCCGCGACGUGUUCAAGCUGCUUUCGGCAGUCCUGCAGAUGGGCAAUAUUGAGUUCAUGACUGCAGGGGGGGCCCAGAUCACCACCAAGGCAGUGGUCAGUAUUGUGAGUGAUCUCUUGGGCCUGGACUGCUUCCAGCUGUCUGAGGUUCUGACCCAGCGCUCCAUGAUCCUUCGAGGAGAGGAGAUCUGUUCUCCUCUGACUGUGGAGCAGGCAGUUGACUCGCGUGACUCAGUUUCCAUGGCAUUGUACUCAGAGUGUUUUUCUUGGAUCAUCAAGAAGAUCAAUCAGAAGAUUAAAGGGAAGGACAACUUUAAAUCCAUCGGCAUCUUGGACAUCUUUGGCUUUGAGAACUUUACGGUAAACCGAUUUGAGCAGUUCAACAUCAACUAUGCCAAUGAAAAGCUGCAGGAGUACUUCAACAAGCAUAUCUUUUCCCUUGAACAGCUGGAGUAUAACAGGGAGGGUAUACGCUGGGAUGCAAUAGACUGGAUGGACAAUGCAGAGUGUCUGGAUCUAAUUGAGAAGAAACUGGGCCUGUUGGCACUCAUCAAUGAGGAGAGUCGUUUCCCCAAAGGCACAGAUGACACACUCCUGGAAAAACUACACAGUCGUCAUGCAACUAACCCUUAUUAUGUAAAGCCCAGGGUGGCAGAUCACCAGUUUGGCAUAAAGCACUAUGCUGGAGAGGUUCUGUAUGACGUGAGAGGGGUUCUGGAGAAAAACAGAGACACUUUUAGAGAUGAUAUUCUGAACAUGCUGAAAGAGAGCAGGUUGGACUUCAUUUAUGACCUGUUUGAGCAAGUGGGGAGCCGGAGUACUGAGGAGACUGUAAAGAUGGGCACUGCCAGACGCAAGCCGACAGUCAGCUCCCAGUUCAGGGACUCCCUGCAUGCUCUGAUGGCCACUCUGAGUGCUUCCAAUCCCUUCUUUGUCCGCUGCAUCAAGCCCAACAUGGAGAAGAAUGCAAGUAUUUUUAAUCCAGAAGUUGUCCUGAAUCAACUCCGUUACUCCGGGAUGUUGGAGACAGUAAAGAUCCGGCGGGCUGGGUUCCCCGUUCGGAGGACUUUUAAGGACUUCUUCAGUAGGUACAAGAUUAUCUUCAAGGACAAAAGCACCACCAGUGAGGAGAAGCGCAAAUGCACAGACCUUCUGACACAGUAUGACAAGGCCAAGGCUGAGUGGCAGCUCGGGAGGACUAAGGUGUUCCUGAAGGAGUCCCUGGAGCAGAGGCUGGAGAAGGCCAGGGAGGAAGUGCGGCGUGCGGCGGGCUUAGUGAUACGAGCCUACAUACUGAGAUAUACAGCCAGGAAGCACUAUAGGAAGGUCCUGGCCAGCAUCGUCACUAUCCAGAAGAACUACCGGGCUCACUUCCGGAGACGCGAUUUCCUGCGGCUGCGCUCUGCCACGCUGGUCUUCCAGAAGCACCGACGUGGACAGCUGGCUCGAGCCUUAUUCUACCAGCUGCAAGAGAAGAAGAGGAGAGAGGAAGAGGAGAGAAAGAGGAGGGAGGAGGAGGAGGAGAGGAAAAGGCUGGAGGAGAUUAAGAAGAAGGAGGAAGAGGCAGCGGUGCUGCGGAGAAAACAGGAAGAGCUGAAGGCCAGACAGGAAAUGGGCUCCCGCUCCUCUGUGGAGGAGAGCCGUCAGAUGGAGGAGAUCCUGCGGCUGGAGCGGGAGAUCGAGCGGCUGCAGAAGCAGCGUGAGCAGGGCGUGUCCCAGCUGUGCGAGAGCUCCCGCAAUGAGCUGCAGCAGAGGCGUGAUGCCGAGACCCUCAGACAGGAGAAGAAGACCACUCGAGCGUCUGCAGGCCCUCCAGGCCGGUCCGGAGAGGAGGCCGCUCACAACCCCUCCGCCACCGCCCGCGUCCCUGAGGAAGAGGUGGAUGAAGGCUUCCAUGCGGAGGACGAGUGCAUCCCCCUCCCGGACUUCCCACCGCCUGCGGAGGGCUCCCUGGACCAUGAUAUCCUCACCAACCUGCCCCCUCCCCCGCCUGCCUUCGCAGAAGGCACUGUACCUCAUCCGCCCCCGCCCCCACCCCCGCCUCUGCCGGGCACCAGCAAAGGGAACGACGAUCAGGCCAAACGCGAAAGCCUGCCGGACUCGGAGCCCAUUUACACCGUCCCGCCGGACGUGGAGUCAGACUACGACCAGGACGAGCUGGAGGAAGCCCAAGGCAGCUCCGGGGACGCUGGCAGCACCAUCGAAGGUCAAAUGACUGAUGAGGAGGUGCUGCGCAAGUCCACCUGCACCUACAGCAGCCUGGACUCACAUCGCGGCAGCUCCGACUCUUUUAUUGACAGUGACGAUGACAAUGAAGGAAAUGCAGACACGGACGAGGAAGCCUCCGGCGAGAGAGUGAACCUCUUAAAUGGGAAUGGACCCCCAUACUUUCACAGCUACCUCUACAUGAAGGGUGGGCUGAUGAACCCAUGGCGGCGGCGCUGGUGUGUGCUGAAAGACGAGACGUUCAUGUGGUUCCGCGCCAAACAGGAGUCGCUGAAGUCAGGCUGGCUGUACAAAAAGGGCGGGGGUCUGUCCACGCUGUCUCGGCGGAACUGGAAAAUGCGCUGGUUUGUGCUGCGUGAAGCUAAGCUUAUGUACUUUGAGAACGACACUGAGGAAAAGCUAAAAGGCACCAUCGACGUACGAACAGUCAAGGAAAUUGUGGACAAUCAUGAGAAGGAGAAUGCGUUAAACAUUGUGACAGAGGAGAGGACUUUCCACGUGGCUGCAGACUCCCCGGAGGAUGCCAGUGGCUGGUUUAAUGUUCUGAGUCGGGUCCAGAGUGCCACCCCAGAUCAGCUGCAGGAGAUGCAUCAUGAGCAGGCCAACCCAAAGAAUGCUGUGGGAACACUGGAUGUUGGGCUGAUUGAUUCGGUCUGUGCCUCAGACAAUCCGGAUAGGCCCAACUCCUUUGUGAUCAUCACAGCCAAUCGAGUGAUCCACUGUAAUACGGAUCUUCCAGAGGAGAUGCACCAUUGGAUCAGCCUGCUGCAGAAGCCAAAGGGAGACAAUAAGAUUGAGGGCCAGGAGUUCCUUGUCAGAGGCUGGCUGCACAAGGAAGUGAAAUCUGGAGGGAAGAGCACCUCUAUGAAGCUGAAGAAGCGCUGGUUCGUCCUGACCAACAACUCCCUGGACUACUACAAGUCCUCUGAACGCAGUGCCUCCAAGCUGGGCACCCUGGUGCUCAACAGCCUCUGCUCUGUGAUGCAGCCUGAUGAGAAGGUCUUCAAGGAGACAGGCUACUGGAACAUCAUUAUUCAUGGGCGGAAGCACUCCUAUCGCCUCUACACCAAAAUGCUGAAUGAAGCCAUGAGGUGGGGAUCUGCCAUACAGGGUGUCAUCGACAACAAGGUCGCAAUCGAGACUCCCACCCAGCAACUGAUCCGAGACAUCAAGGAGACAGGUCUGAACACCGAGGCAGUGGAGCAGAUGUACCGCAGGAAUCCCAUCCUGAGAUACACCCAGCACCCCCUGCACUCCCCCCUGCUGCCCCUACCAUACGGGGAAGUAAAAACAAACCUUCAAAAGGAGAAGGGCUAUGCCAGCCUGCAGGAUGAGGCGGUGAAGAUUUUCAACUCUCUGCAAGAGAUGGAGACCGUGUCAGACCCGGUGCCAAUCAUCCAGGGUGUCCUACAGACGUGCCAGGACUUGCGGCCCCUGCGUGAUGAAGUGUACUGCCAGCUGAUCAAACAGACCAAUCACGUGCCCCAGCCCAACAGCCCAGCCAACUGUGCCCACUGGCACCUGCUCACCUGCAUGAGCUGCACCUUCCUGCCCAUGCGGGCCAUCCUGCGCUACCUCAAGUUCCACCUCAAGAGGAUCAGGGAACAGUUUCCGGGGACUGAGAUUGAGAAGUACGCCCACUUCAUCGGCGAGUCACUGAAGAAGACCAAAACCAGGGAGUAUGUGCCAUCUCAGGAAGAGAUCGCCGCCCUGCUGACCAGACAGGAGAUGACCACUACAGUGUACUGUCAUGGAGGAGGCUCGUGCAAGAUCUCCAUAAACUCCCACACCACUGCUGGAGAGGUGGUGGAGAAGCUGAUUCGAGGUCUGGCCAUGGAGGAGAGUAGGAACUUGUUUGCCCUCUUUGAGCACAAUGCCACAAGUGACCACGCUGUAGAGAGCCGAAUAAUCGUGGCCGACGUGCUGGCCAAGUUUGAGAGGCUGGCAGGGAGUGAUGAAGAGGAGGAGGAAGGCCAGUGGAGGCUCUAUUUCAAAUUGUACUGUUUCCUGGAUGUGGAGAGUGUGCCAAAAGAAGGGGUGGAGUUUGCCUUCAUGUUUGAACAGGCCCACGAGAGUCUGAUCAGUGGCCAUUUCCCUGCUCUGGAAGAGACGCUCCAACACCUGGCUGCCCUGCGUCUCCAAUACCUGCACGGGGACGUGGGCCGUGCCACCUGGAGCCUGGACAACAUCUACCCUGUGGGGCGUCUGCGUACCCGCAUCCUGCAGUCCACCAAAGCGGGUGGGGUCGGAGGGGUGGCGGGCCUUGCGGUCCAGGAGAAGAGGCGGCCCAGCUUCCUGGACGGGACCCUGCGGCGCAGCUUCAAGACGGGCGCGCAGAAGAAGCAGCGCGUGGAGGAGGAGCAGAUGCUGGAGAUGUGGGUGAAGGAGGAGACGUCGGCCACACGCGCCAGCGUCCUGGAGAAGUGGUCCCGUCUGCAGGGCCUGCCCCAGCACCAGGCCAUGCUCAAGUACAUGACCAUCAUGAAGGAGUGGCCCGGCUAUGGCUCUACCCUCUUUGACGUGGAGUGUCGAGAGGGAGGCUUUCCUCAUGAUCUGUGGCUGAGUGUGAGUGCUGAAAAUGUGUCUGUGUACAAGAGAGGGGAGCCCAAACCUCUGGAAACCUUCCAGUAUGAGCACAUUGUCUUUUUUGGGGCGCCCCAGGCCAGCACCUACAAGAUCACUGUGGAUGAGAGAGAGAUGUUCUUUGAAACCCCACAGGUUGGGGAGAUCACCAAGAUCAUGAAAGCCUACAUCAACAUGAUUGUGAAGAAGAGAUGCAGUGUGAUGUCUGUGUCCAGCUGUGGCAGUGCCUGGACCAGGUGAUCAAUAUGGCCCAAUCAGCACAGUCUCCUUGCAGCAAGGGGAGGUGCAUGGCAACAGGAAAGAAAUCUGUACUAGAGCAGUCAGUCACCUGGUUGGGAAGCUUUUGACAUCAAAAGGAUUGAUGGAAAGAGUGUCUUAAACGUGUGAAAUAUUUUGCUACGUCUCUCAGUACGUACGCAAACAACUAGCACAUUAUUGUAAUAACAAAUGGCUAUCUCAGCAAUUGGAGCACAAAUAUACGAUGAGUUAGAUCUCUCCUGUUUUAACUGCCAAAACCAUAACAGAUCCGUCUGCUUGCUUUACCUGGUUUUCCCCACGUUAUGCAAACUCGCUCUCUUACCAGUCAGGCUUGGAUGCUGUCUCCUUACAGCAGUGGUAAAAGUGGCAUGGGCGUCUCUCAUCCGUGGGGUCCAGGCUGAGUUCAGGUCUCAGUUAUACUUUCACAAUCAGUGCCACGUUGUCAUGUACCCCUCCAUGGCACUGAAGCUGCCAUGCAGGUGUCUUACUAAGCCUUUCCAGGCAAGCUCUCUAAUACUGGAGCCUUUUGACAGAUUUCUGUAUGUUUUUUGCACAAUCUGUGACUAUUAUGAUAUAUACUCAUUGACCACUUUAUUAGGUAGACCUGUACAUCAGCCCGUUAAUGCAACUAUCUAAUCAGCCAAUCAUGUGGAAGCAACUCAAUGCAUAAAAGCAUGUAGGCAUGGUCAAGAGGUUCAGCUGUGGUUCAGACCACACAUCGGAAUGGGGAAGAAAUGUGAUCGAAGUGACUUUGACAAUGCAAUGAUUGUUGGUGCCACACUGGGUGAUCUGGAUAUCCCAGAAACUGCUGAUCUCCUGGGAUUUUCAUGAUAAACAGUCUCUAGAGUCUGCAGAGAAUUGAAAAUGUCUGAGAGAGGUCUGAGAAGAAUGGCCAGACUUGUUCAAGCAGAGAGGAAGGCCACAGAAACUCCACACGUAACAACAGUGGAAUGAAUAUGAGCAUCUCUGAACACAUAAUACGUUGAAUCUUGAACUGGAUGGGCUACAGCAACAGUAGACCAAUACGUCUCAAAAAUAAGUCUAAUAAAUACCUAUUAAAGUGGUCACUGAGUGUACACUCUAUCAAAUGUUAGCAGCAUCUGAAUCCUUUUUUUCUGCACCAGGGGUGUAAAAUAGAAUUCACAGAGGCCUGUAUGUUAGUUUUAAUCCAACUAGUUCUCCUGGCUAACAGCUUCCUGUUAAUGAACCAGAAAGAUGUAGAGUUCCCAGAAUACAAGGGAUUAUAAUGAGACACUCAACAAAUAGAAACUGAAGAAAUUUCUCAACCAAAUAAUGAACUAGCUAAGAGUGGAGUUUGGAGCAAAGACCAGCAUACACACCCUCCAAGAGUUUAUUUCAACAACCCUUUUUUAUUGUAUACACCCAGUUACAUUGUAUUGCAUUUUCAUUUUAUAUUCAGUGCACACAUUUUGUGUCUUUAUUUGAUGAAGCAGGAACCAAGUUUUCCAUCAACUCCACAGAAUAAGAAGGAAAGGAUGUGGAUGAUAAGUCUGUAAAUAAAAACUGGCUUUUUCAGGUAUAGGUCUUUCAGGUUUGGAGAGCAAUAUCAGUCCAGAUGCAAAACUGGUAAGAACCAUCUCCAUCCCUGAAUCUAAUGCCUUAAACAGACUUGCUGCUUCUGCCUGGCAUUGUAGUGGAUCCAUUACUGAAUAUUGGCUCAUAAAACUUUAUCCUGGCAUGAACGUCUAGUGUUGAGUGUUGACUUUUUACUCCAUUCCUUUGUGACUGGCUGUAUACACUGGUGGAGAAGCCAUUGAGCAAAUUUGAAGAGUAUAGAAUAACAUAAUUAUAUUCUUCCACUACAUUCAUAUUAUCCCCUUUCCUAAAACUACAGUAGUGUGAAUCCAAAUGUGUGUAAAACUGAUAAUGUACAACAAAAGUCUUGAGUAACUGAACAGUACAGUGUGAUAGAUAUGCUAAUAGAUAUGCAACCGCUUUGUUUGUGUAAUGAAAUGUGACGGAGUGUUGAAGCUUUUGAUGAAACGGAAAAAGAUUAUUGUAGGUAAACAUGUGUAUGUAGCUGGGUCCUUUUGUUUUGGGAGGAUGUUUUACACGUGUUUUAAAGAAGAGUAAUUGUCCAAUGGGUCAGUGAAUUAUGGGGUAUUUAUUCAAUUUCUUAUGAUAAUUAUAUAUGAUAAUUAUAAUGCUUGGGGGUGGGGGGAAGCACACUGUGAGCCUAGAAAGGCUAAAUAUUCACCUGGAAUAGACAGAGAGGCCACACACCACAGCGAUGCCAGAGGAUUUUUGAAAUAGGGUUAAGGCAAACUGGCGUAGUUUUUGACUUCAUAAACACCAUAUGACACCAUAAAUUGGACCGUCACCUCUUUUACUAACGACCCUGGGUACUGUAUGUCACCUGUGGUGAUGUGGUCUCGGAGAGUGUUGCACAUUUGUCAUCACACCUAGGCCUCACAUAUAGCACUGCCUGUCCUGUCUCUCACUGCUGUCACACAGAGGUCUCUGGGAAACUGCUGGCAGAUACACCAGAGCUGGAAUGUACUUAUCAUUGUUGUUGUGCUUGUUUAAAAAAAAAAAAAAAAGAUGCUUUUUGUAACUGGCUUUACAAAAUGUUUUAAUAAAUUAUUGGAUUUAA